AUGGGUACGUUGGGUUGUAUGGUAUGCCGUGAGUUGAUUGGUUGGGGUGUGAAGAACUUUGUCUUGAUAGAUUGCGGUGUUGUGGCGCCUAGCAAUCCUGCCCGACAGAGUCUUUACCUUGCUGCUGAUGUCUCCCGUACUCCCAAAGUACUCGUCGCUAAACACCGACUCUUACAGAUACGCAAUGAUCUCAAUAUCGAGGCACAUAACUGGGAGAUACCAAUGCCCAAUCAGCAACGCUUUAAUCUGCCCCUCAACAACUUCGUACCCGAUUGCCCUCCUCAAGACGCACUCGAACCCUAUGCCGAAUGGAUCACACGCCAACUCACCCAACUCAUCCGCAACUGCCACGGCGUUUGGCUACUCACCGAUAACCGCGAAAGCCGCUGGCUACCCAGCCUCAUCACUCAACAACUCAGCCUCGAACUCGCUGACCCAGACUUCCUCCGAGACGAAUCCCGGGCUGCCCAUCGUCAAGGACUUCCAGCCACAAAUCUCGCUACGGAUCUGGCCCCGGACCUGCCCGCAGACUUGGGACCACACCUGACCGCAGACUUGGGACCACACCUCGGCCCAGACCUCGGCCCAGACCUCGGCGCACAUCUCCGGACGCUACAACAGGCAGACGCCCACGAUCAAGGAUGUCGAGCGCCAAAACCGGAAAGCGCCCGCGGUGCGCCUGCCGUCCGCGGUCAAGAAGACGUUGUGGGCGCCAUGGCAGGGGGACGGCCGCAGGUGGACGUGGUACGGAAGCGGCACCCGUUUUACCCGCCGUUGUGCUACACUGUGGCACUCGGUUUCGACACGUUUGUGGCGAUGCGCCAUGGGAGUUACGUGGACUGCAGCGUGGCAGCAGCGAGUCGUGACCUGGCGAGUCCGUACGACGUGUAUGGUGCGAGACUCUCGUGCUACUUCUGCAACGACUUGACGGCACCGGGUCCGGUGGCUGCGAGACGUGCACUGGACCAACAGUGCACCGUCACGCGAGCGGGCGUGGCGGGCUGGGCCGCCGCCAUGGCCGUCGAGGCGGUGGCCGCCAUGACGCAGACAGACUACGGCUGGGGCUGCGCCCCUCCGGACCGACUCGUCGAGGCGCGAGCGCGUCUGCAACAGACUAAGGGAGGGAUGCGGCCUGGGGGGGAGACAACGCGUAAUAUCCGAAAGUGGCUGUUGGAGAACCCGCGGCACUUGAGUUGUUUGGGGGACAGCCCGCAUGUGAUCCGAGGGUCGUUGGGCACGUUUAAUCUGGCGCAUAAUUGGCAUCCGGCAUUCCCACUUUGCGUUUGUUGCGGCGUAAAGGUACAAAUGACGUUUCGCAAGUACAAAGAAAAGUUUGUAUCCUCCGUGGUGCAGGACUCCAGUCGACUCGAGCUCAUCUCGGGUGUGUCUGAGUUUGCCUGCCAAUCGGUACGCGAAGACGUACUCAGCUACACCAACAUCGUCGACAGCGACGACGAAAACGCCGGACCCAGCAAUUAG